AUCUUGUUAAAAUGCGGGACCUGCACAGCAGUUUUCUCUUUCCUAUGGCUGAUUAGACAGUUUACAGGUUUACGAGGGGGUGGGGUGAUGCAGAGAAGCCGUCAAGUGGUGUUUUAAGCCAUGUAAUCUGUAGAAUAUUUAGAGGCCUAAUUAUAAUUUUGUUAACGGUACAUUUUACAGAUUUGAGUUAGGGAUCUUAAAGAAUCAACAAGAUUCUUUAAGCUGCAGAGCAGCUUUCAGGUACGAUGUCUUAAGUUUAGAAAACAAACUCCAUGCAUUUACUAGAAAACAGCCUUUCAUUUCAGCAAGACUACUUGAGCUACAUUAAUGUGAUUGUGCCCCAUUUACUCAGUCAUGAAUGAUCUAUGACUCUGCAGCCCCCCUGACCAGCGUUAGGACAGCUUUAAUAUGUUGCUCCGACUUGUGGUCAAUUGGUACAAGAAAACUACUAUGAUGUUCUGACAGUACGAGAAGAUGUCCUAAACUCUCUAAACAAUAACUUCCUCCAGACGUUAAAUCAAGCGUGGAACGACCACCAGACUGCAAUGGUGAUGAUCAGAGACAUCCUGAUGUACAUGGAUCGAGUUUAUGUGCAGCAAAAUAAUGUAGAAAACGUCUACAACCUGGGGCUCAUCAUCUUCAGGGAUCAGGUGGUUCGAUAUGGCUGCAUUAGAGACCACCUUCGACAAACCCUGCUGGACAUGAUCGCACGGGAGAGGAAGGGAGAAGUGGUGGACAGGGGGGCCAUUAGAAAUGCCUGCCAAAUGUUAAUGAUCCUCGGCCUUGAAGGAAGAUCUGUUUAUGAAGAAGACUUUGAAGCACCUUUCUUGGAAAUGUCUGCAGAAUUUUUCCAGCUGGAGAGCCAAAAGUUCCUUUCAGAAAACAGUGCGAGUGUGUACAUAAAGAAGGUAGAGGCCAGAAUUAAUGAGGAGAUUGAGCGGGUAAUGCACUGCCUGGACAAGUCGACAGAGGAGCCCAUCGUCAAGGUGGUGGAACGGGAGCUCAUCUCCAAGCACAUGAAGACCAUCGUAGAGAUGGAGAACUCGGGCCUGGUCCAUAUGCUGAAGAAUGGCAAGACGGACGAUUUAGCAUGUAUGUACAAGCUGUUCAGUCGGGUUCCCAAUGGGCUGAAGACCAUGUGUGAGUGUAUGAGCUCAUACCUGCGGGAGCAAGGCAAGGCGCUCGUUUCAGAGGAGGGAGAAGGAAAAAAUCCAGUAGAUUAUAUUCAGGGUUUGUUAGACCUGAAGUCGCGUUUUGACCGUUUCCUCCAAGAAUCUUUCAAUAAUGACCGACUCUUCAAACAAACUAUUGCUGGUGAUUUCGAGUACUUCCUUAACCUCAACUCCCGCUCACCUGAAUAUCUCUCGCUCUUCAUCGAUGACAAACUGAAGAAGGGAGUAAAAGGGCUAACAGAGCAGGAGGUGGAGUCCAUACUGGACAAGGCCAUGGUGUUGUUCCGCUUCAUGCAGGAAAAGGACGUGUUUGAACGAUAUUACAAGCAGCACCUGGCUCGAAGGUUGCUCACCAACAAGAGUGUCUCAGAUGAUUCAGAAAAGAACAUGAUCUCCAAGCUAAAGACUGAGUGUGGCUGUCAGUUUACCUCUAAACUAGAGGGAAUGUUCCGGGACAUGAGCAUUUCCAACACCACCAUGGAUGAGUUCAGGCAACAUCUCCAGACCACUGGGGUUUCUCUUGGAGGGGUUGAUCUCACUGUGAGGGUCCUGACUACAGGAUACUGGCCUACACAAUCAGCAACACCAAAGUGCAAUAUCCCCCCUUCACCACGUCAUGCAUUUGAAGUUUUCAGAAGGUUUUAUCUCGGCAAGCACAGUGGUAGACAACUCACCUUGCAGCACCAUAUGGGUUCUGCAGAUUUAAAUGCCACCUUCUAUGGUCCCAUCAAAAAGGAGGACGGGUCAGAAGUUGGAGUGGGCGGGGCCCAGGUGACGGGCUCCAACACCAGAAAGCACAUCCUGCAAGUAUCCACCUUUCAGAUGACUAUUCUCAUGCUUUUUAACAACAGGGAGAAAUCCACUUUUGAGGAAAUCCAGCAGGAGACGGAUAUCCCUGAGAGGGAGCUGGUGCGAGCGCUGCAGUCUCUGGCCUGUGGGAAGCCCACACAGAGAGUUCUCACCAAAGAGCCCAAAUCCAAGGAGAUUGAAAAUGGCCAUGUGUUUACAGUCAAUGACCAGUUUACCUCUAAACUGCACCGGGUCAAAAUUCAGACAGUGGCUGCUAAACAGGGAGAGUCUGAUCCGGAGAGGAAGGAGACGCGGCAGAAAGUUGACGAUGACAGAAAGCAUGAGAUUGAAGCAGCCAUUGUUCGCAUCAUGAAAUCUAGAAAGAAGAUGCAGCACAAUGUCUUAGUAGCAGAGGUCACACAGCAGUUGCGAGCACGAUUCCUUCCUAGUCCAGUAGUCAUCAAGAAGCGCAUUGAAGGACUUAUUGAGAGGGAAUACUUGGCAAGAACACCAGAGGACCGCAAAGUGUACACUUAUGUAGCAUAACCAGUAAAUCCACUGAAAGCUAGCUUCAAGUUGAAACUGAGGGCCUUGUUUUUGUGGACUGCUAAGUGUUUGAACUUCGGAAGUGCUCUCAUCAUUCGGGACACACUGGGAAGCUUAACCUUUCUUCCAUAAACGUGUUUUUAAAAAAAAAAGAAAAAAAAAAAAAAAGAGAAAAAAUCAUGCAAAA